AUGGCAAGGCGGGAUUCGCCCCACUCCAAGAUGGCGUCCGAGCGGCCCCGCCCCGGGGCGGUGGAGCGGCGGCUGCCGGGGUGUCCUUGCGGCGGGCCCGGGGCCCGGCGUGCGGGGCCAUGCUUGCCUUGGUGGCCAGGGCUACGCACAUUGUCAGGUGGAAGAGAAGACCCACACAGGCUGAGGGAGAGCUUUACGGUCUUUUCUGUCCUACCGGCCAUGAAUAGGAAGCAGAAGCAAGCAGAGAAGGCCAGGCCCUGUGGCCUGCUGAAGCAGAUGCCUCUAAACAAGAUCACGGGCAGAUUCCAGCUCCACCAGGAAGCGCUGCCCCACCUGCCUGUGCCACCACUGCAGCAGACACUGGACCGGUACCUGCUGGCCCUGCAGCCCAUCAUCAGCCCUGAGGAGCUGAGCCACACUCAGCAGCUGGUGGCUGAGUUCCGCAAGCCGGGAGGUGUCGGAGAGAGGCUGCAGAAAGGCCUGGAGAGAAGAGCCAAGAAAACAGAGAACUGGCUCUCAGACUGGUGGCUGAAGACAGCUUACCUGGAAUAUCGCUUGCCAGUUGUGGUCCACUCCAGCCCAGGUGUGGUUUUACCUAAGCAGGAUUUUCUGGAUCGACAAGGUCAGCUCAGGUUUGCUGCCAAGCUGAUCGAGGGUAUCCUGGAUUUCAAGACCAUGAUUGACAAUGAGACCCUUCCAGUGGAGUACAUGGGUGGGAAGCCCCUCUGUAUGAACCAGUACUACCAGAUCCUCUCAUCCUGCCGCAUUCCUGGGCCCAAGCGCGACUCCAUUGUCAACUACGCCAAAGGCAAAAAACAGUCCAGACACAUCACAGUCGUUCACAACUUCCAGUUCUUUGAGCUGGAUGUUUACAACAGUGAUGGAUCUCCCCUUACUGCUGACCAGCUUUUCAUUCAGCUGGAGAAGAUUUGGAACACCUCCCUCCAAACAAACAAAGAACCUAUUGGGAUCCUCACCACCAACCACCGGAACAGCUGGGCAAAAGCCUACAACAACCUUCUGAAAGAUAAGACCAACAAGGAGUCUGUGCGUGCGAUUGAGAAGAGCAUCUGCACCGUGUGCCUGGAUGCCCCCAUGCCCCGGGUGUCCGAUGACAUCUACAAGAGCCGCGUGGCCGCGCAGAUGCUGCACGGCGGCGGCAGCCGCUUGAACAGCGGCAACCGAUGGUUCGACAAAACCCUGCAGUUCAUUGUUGCUGAAGAUGGCUCCUGUGGUCUUGUAUAUGAGCACGCUCCCUCCGAAGGCCCACCCAUUGUUGCUCUUCUGGACCAUGUAGUGGAGUUCACGAAGAAACCCGAGACGGGCAAAUCGCCCACAGUUCAUCUGCCAAUGCCCAAAAAGCUGCGGUUUAACAUCACCCCAGAAAUCAAGAAUGACAUAGAGAAGGCAAAGCAAAACCUCAACAUAAUGGUUGAAGAUCUGGAUAUCAAAGUCAUGGUCUUUCAUCAAUUUGGGAAAGGUUUCCCCAAGUCAGAGAAGAUAAGCCCUGAUGCUUUUAUCCAGCUGGCCUUGCAGCUGGCAUACUACAGGAUGUACGGCCGCGCCUGUGCCACGUACGAGAGCGCGUCACUGCGGAUGUUCCGCCUGGGCCGCACCGACACCAUCCGCUCCACCUCCGUGGACUCCCUCAAGUUUGUGCAGUCCAUGGACAGCCCUGACAAAUCGGACCAGGAGAAAGCAGACCUGCUGAGGAGAGCCACGCAGGCCCACAGGGAAUACACAGACAUGGCCAUACGGGGCAAUGCCAUAGACCGGCACCUCCUGGGGCUGAAGCUCCAGGCAAUCGAGGACCUGGUGAGCAUGCCUGAGCUCUUCAUGGACACAGCCUAUGCUGUUGCAAUGCACUUCAAUCUCUCAACUAGCCAGGUCCCAGCCAAGACAGAUUGUGUGAUGUGUUUUGGUCCCGUGGUUCCAGAUGGCUAUGGAGUGUGUUACAAUCCCAUGGAGGAACACAUCAACUUUGCAAUUUCAGCCUUCAAUAGCUGUGCUGACACAAAUGCAGCCCGCAUGGCACAUUAUCUUGAAAAAGCACUGCUAGACAUGAGGAUCUUGCUCCAGGCUGCUCCCAAAUCCAAACUGUAAGAGGGAAACCCCCCCAGUUAAAUGGGGUAUCCCUGAUGCACUGAAGGUCCCAGUUCCUCAGAAAACAAUUCAGAGAACAGCUCGUCCUGGAACCUAAGAAGAUAUCUACAAUUUGUUUUCAGCAAGAUUUUACAGAAUAGUCACCCACAGACAUCAGACUCUGUAGUGAGAGGAAACACUGCCUCAAACCAAAGUAGAACUGAGAGGGCCUCUCCCAUCAAUGCAAAGUGCACCUUCCUGUCCUCAAAGAGGACACAAAUAUGAUUUUUAUGAAAACUACUGUAAGGGAAUACAGAAAGCACAGUCCUUGCCUGUAUCUAAAUCCAUUUGGUAAGGAAGGUAGUUCUUGUCCAUGAAAAGCAGGGAAUGUUUAUUGUAUGAUAGACCUACUGUAAGACCAAGUCUUUUUCCUGGUUUCAUCUUCUGAAGAGCAUUCAGAAGAUGAAACCAGGAAAAAGAAAGUAGAGAGCAGUAGAAAUCUUCUGAAGAUUUUUCUACUGCUCCAGCAAAGCUUCAUCAUCCAAUUUCAGCAAGGGGAGAAGGAAGUUAAGCCAGAGCAGAUCCAGUCUCAUUAGAGUGCACUGCAAUACUUAUCCCAGGCACUCCAACCAGUAGAGGCCCUACAGGAAUGUUCCCUUCCCCUUGUUCAAGACACUGGGAUCUCCUUCGUCUUACACUGACCCUCUUAACAACAGGACAUGACUUGAUACAAACUAAGGUGAUCUUUACUGUUUCAGGUUUUUGUUGUUGUUGUUGUUCUUGCUCUGGGCUUUUUAUUAAGCUUCCUGCCAUGGUCCUGCCACUGAUCAUCCCGCUCAGCCUAAAGCUUUAUCCCCAUAAAGCUUCUACAAAACUCUCCUCAUGUAAGUUUUGACAGCUUUGGCUUUAGGUACCUUCACAUCUGCAGCGAUGAGAAGGAAUUUCUAGGCAUUUAGCUUGACACUUGCUCCAUUGUACCCUUCUUUGGAGCUGAGGAAAAGAAAAAGAUGCUGACUCUUUAUUAACAAGCCACAUGCCUGAUGUCCUUCAGGACACACAAAUUAACCCAAUGUGGUUUUACACCUUACUUUCAGAAACAGCCUUUUUGUGCACAACUUUAUGCCUGAGCUGUGGACAAAUAAGGAUGUUUCUGAUCAAGAACUCCAACACAUACUUCCAUUCCUGGCCCACAGAGUUGAAAUCUGUUAAAGGGCAAAGGAAAAACAGCUGCAGAAACCCUUCUUUCACUCUGCUGUAACAUGGCAAAAAAUCUUGAAAAACAGGAAGAAAGCUGUAGGUUUUUUUCUGCACUGUUUCUGCACAGCAUCUUUUCUGCCACUUUGGGGAGUUAUUUCUUACUGAAAUACUACUCCAGUUUGUGCCAGCUUUAUUCUGUGAGAGAAUGAUCUCAUAUGAUACUGUUUUUAUGUUCAGUUGACAAACUUGAGACAGUAAAAGAUUAUAUAUAAACAUUAACAUACAAUGGUAGCAUAGGAACUACUUCCAACCCAUCUGUCAGAACCCAAGCUCCUGACUACACUUUUAUUUAGUAAAACCAUAUGGUAAUAAAGAAUUCUAGUGCUCUUUCUGCAGUA